CCGCGAUAUUAAAUCAGGUGGUUGCUAACGCCUGCCGCAGUUUCAUUGCGACGUCUAUAUCGAACUCACGUCUUGACUUUUCAAAUACAAAUAAACGCGCGGAGUGAACGUAACGAAUUAUUUUUUCAUGAAAUAAAACGACAAAAAUCUGCUAGUGUUUAUUUUUUUUAAAUUAACUAUGGGCAGAUGAUUAUUUUAAAAUGUCCGUGGAACAAAAUAUUUAAGUAGAAAAUUUUUAUUUGUUAAGUUCGCUCAUUAGAAUUUUCCGGCGACUUUGGGUUCUUCGACUGUGCUUCCAGCUUUUAGUAACAAAAGCUAACAUGAAGAAUAUAUCGCACCUGUUGUUAUUCUGCGCGGGCUUGGCCGCGGUGGCCGCGUACACAAGGCCAGGCUUAACAGGGCCCUAUUGCGGCGCGAUCCCCAACAGAUGUUGUCAAGGCAGAGAGGACGGCUGUUCUGCACCUAUACGCGACUCCCUUUGCUACUGCGACGACUUUUGUGAUCGCGGUUCCAGAGAUGAUUGCUGCCCUGACUACUUCGAGGUCUGCAGACCCCAAGUCACAACGCCGCCCCCUGCUCCCAUCAUUGCCUGCGAGAAUAACAACAAGUACUAUCACGCUGGAGACAAGAUCACAAGGGGAUGCAACGUGUGCGUAUGCUCCCACGACCCGAUUACUCAAAGAACUGCUUUCGAGUGCGAGACCGACCCGUGCAUUAUGAGCGAGGAGGUCUUGAGAGGAGUGGCUUCAGAUUCCUACUCCACGUGGCGGCCUUACAACUACACGCAGUUCUAUGGGAAGAAACUGAAAGAUGGACUUGUUUAUAAGCUAGGUACUCUUCUCAGCGACCAAGUGAGAUCUUCAACAGUGCCAUUGCCAGCACAUAAGGAAGGUGUACCUUAUCUCAAGAACUUCGACGCAAAACAGACCUGGCCAGAAUAUAUAUCUCCUAUUGUGGACCAAGAAUGGUGUGGAUCCGAUUGGGCUAUAACUGUUGCCACUGUAGCUUCUGACAGAUUUGCAAUCCAAUCCAACGGCGCUGAGAAGGUGGUGCUGAGCCCGCAACUCUUGCUGUCGUGUAACAAAGAACAACAAAGCUGCAGUGGCGGCCACAUUGACCGAGCAUGGAAUUACGCGAUGCUAUACGGGCUUGUGGAUGAAGAAUGCUCACCCUACAAGGGGAAGAUGACCCGGUGCAAGUUCUCCAACACACGCGACUUGGUCGGGGAGGGUUGCCGGCCAGUGGUGUCUGCGCGGACCUCCAAAUAUAAGGUCGGACCACUAUACAGGAUUAAGAACGAAGCCGACAUCAUGUAUGAAAUAAUGACCUCUGGACCAGUGCACGCGGUGAUGACGGUAUACCAAGACUUCUUCCACUACCGCGACGGCAUCUACCGGCGCAGUCGUCACGGGAACAACUACUUGAAAGGCUUGCACAGCGUCCGCAUCACUGGCUGGGGUGAAGACAGGGGCGAUAAGUAUUGGAUUAUCGCCAACAGCUGGGGCUGCGAUUGGGGCGAGAACGGUUACUUCCGCAUCGCUAGAGGCGAGAACGAGUCCGACAUCGAGUCGUUCGUGGUCGCCGCGUGGAGCGAAGUCACUGAAGCGUACAAGAGAACAUAACACAGGAACUUUCUAAUCACACCCCUUUGCGUGGUCAGCAAGCUGAUAAAGACCAAUCGGGGGUGGAUUUUGUUGAAUAGUACACGAAAUUUUCCAUAAGAGUACACAGAAAUCGAAUAAUAAAAUCAGUUAAGUACAAACAGCGUCAAAGCUAGGUUUGCACCCGCCAGUGUCAAGCUCGGAUCCACCGUUGUGGGCAUGAUGGGCGUGCCCACAACCCUAAUAGACUUGUGACGUCACACUUUCACAGUCAAUCGUGUUUGGUGUUUGGUGGUGGUUUUGCUGAGUGUAUAGUUCCCUAUAGGUACACUCAGCAAAACCUUGGUCAAAGCGUCAUAUCAUAAAAUAGAUAUGACGCUUUGACCAAGGUUUUGUAAACAUCUCCUUUGUAUGAAUACGCGAUAUCAAUCAUGAGCGAUUUCAUACUCCGACUCGUAUUUGGCCGAUUUUUGGGUGGCUACUACCAGAAACUUUUUUGAGGGUUGGAGCCGCGCCUGGUCAGUGUAAGCAACUAUGGACGGGUGCAAACCUAGCUUUGUCGCUGAUUCUACAACUUACCUACAAGCUACAAGUUACUGACUCAAAACUCUAGAGACAAGUCAGCGUUGGUACGCUUGGUACAAGUGGUAGUUGCACUUGACUCUCAACAAUCGACCAUAAUGUAAGACCAUAGUAUAAGGCAGUAUUAAAUUGAGUAAAGAAGCAUCUUUUAGAUCUAGACAAACGCGUCUCACCUUGGACUACAUUAUCACUUUCCGUCAGGUGUUAUUGUGGUGUUAUAGGUAUAGAUCAUAAAAAACCUAUUUACUGAUUAUUUAUAUAUCACUCUUAACUUAGCUGUAGGUAUAAUAUUAUAUAUUGUUGGAUCUCAAAAAUAUAAAACUACACAAUCAACCGCUUUUUGAGAUGGAGUAUUUGGAUGCAUGAAAAUUACAUACCUAGUUUAAGAAUUAAACUACUAUGUUUUGACGCAUAUAUUUUGAUACUGAAUAGUGGUAUAAUAGAAGGUACAUACAUCUGUGAGAAUAGUUUUUGAACAAUGCAAUGUGGCUUAUUCCGUUGUAGCAAUCUCUAAAGUAAACUAACAGGUCCAAAGGGUCCAAAUAUAUUGCUAUCCCUUUCAUUAUGCUCCCUGCAGAAUAUAACAACUAGAUUUAGACCUGUCAUUUUGUUUAGAGAUUGUGUACUUGUAAAAGAAUUAGUCACAAUGUUAUAAGUAAGUAGAUGAUAAGUCAAACAUCCAAAAACUCAACAGCCAGGUUGAGAUAUACCUACUUAACUUAGAUGUUUUUUGAUAAACAAUUAGAAUUAAUACGGAAAUCGUGUCAUGUUAAAGUAUUGAAAUAUGUAGUACCUACUUAGGUAGCAGUUUAUAUAAUAGUACUUAAUUUAACUGUUGUAGAAAACCUAAGUGUUUAAAAAUUGUAAAGUGCCACGAAAUUUGAAUAAGAUUUUAUUUAUCCACUAUUAUUUUGUAGCUAAGUAAUUUGAAACGGUAUUUAAAAAAAUAAAACUUUGUUAUAGUACCUAGACACAAUAUUUGAACAAAGUUCAUUGCUAAAUAACUGCCAUUUACCGAUUAUAGAUUUAUAAUUAAUUAUUUAUAUUUUUUAAGGCCAUCAAAGUACGACUGGAAUUUUAAGUCCUUUUUAUAACGGCUUCCCACGGUGCGUGAUAUUGCAGACGGACGCGGACCAAUCCGGGAACACUGUGGGAAGACUAUCGUCCGUGGUAGUGCAGACACGUCGUCCGAGCUUUUUGCGCGGUGCGCAGCUGUCCGCAUCAAUCCGCACAAUCACGCACCGUGCGAAUCAGGCAUUAUUCCGAGUUUAACGUUUCGACAUUCGAAACCAACAUUUUAGAGGAAUGCAAACUGCGAUACGGGCUCUAAGGUUGAAAUCUAUAGAGCACACUUUGAUUUUGCUUAGGCUUAAGUUUCAGUUAAAACGAGACAGAUUUAUGCCACCGUUAUAACCCUAUCUCGUUUUAACAGUGUCUUACGUCUAAGCAAAAUUUAGCCUAAAAGCUAACUUAUUGAGCAUGUAUCAGCUCAGAAGUGGAGACGAGAUGUGACUGCACUUUAGAUUGCAACAAAAUACGAUAAAUUCAGCCAAUCACAACAAUUCAAAUUGUAGAAAAUCAAAACUUUCACAAUCUCUUGCUAUGUUUGACACGUCUCGUCUCUAUUUUCAGUUGAAGUCGGCUAAGAAAUACGUAACAUCACAAACACUAGAUACUAACGACCGAAAUUAAUAUCUAUCUGUAAUCUGUUAAGUUACUUAGUAAGGCAAUUUAGUUUAGAAAAAAAUACCAUACAAUUUUGCGAAACCUUGCGAAGUCAUUUAUGGACAGAUUAGAGAUUAGUUUAUUAAUUUCGGCCGUAAAUAAUAAUAAAUUAAUAGAUAAAUUUAACUAGCACUGUCUACAACACUAGUCUUAGUUGUCAAUAUCAAUAAAAGAUAUGAAACGGUA